AUCUGUAAGAAAAAAUGUUAGGACGACUCCGCGAAUUGAGAUAUUAAGCGUUAAAGUUGAUAACUAUAAAGGUUAGGAAAUCUGUCAUCAACGAGAUGCAGCGACAUGUACGUACGAACAUAUUCUCUGCUUGACAAACAAUUUGUUCAACGACAAGUAGUCGUCAAUUUUAACGCUUAAUAUCUCGGUUCGCGGAGAACCGUUCUAACGUUUUUUUCUUACAGAUUCUUUCGUUUUGUGCAAAAACGCGUCGAAUGAGCCUAAUUUUAUCAAAAUCAGAGAGGAGGACUGUAUUCUAAAUAAUUACUGAAGUAUUAAUUAUCAUUAAUGUGUAUUUGUUCUCCUGCAGUUUAAAUGAUUAAUAAGAAUAUCAAAUAUGAGUUAUUUUAGCGAAUUGCAUCAAUUAUCGGAUAUUUCCAGUAUUUCUGCAAUCUCCCAAUCCAGUGGCAGAUUAAUUGAUAGAGUAAAUUCAUUGCAAAGUUUGUUAGACAAUUAUUCCAGUACUAUAAGAAGUAACAAUAAGUUUGUAAUAACCCAGGAAAUAACUGCGAUCGAAAAAACAAUAAAGUUGUUAGUAUUAUGCGAAGAAAGUAUAAGUGAACAUGUCAAAAUUAACAUUAUCUAUCAGUGUAUAAAGAAAGCAUCUUUGAAUCCCAAAGAUAUUUUUUCUAAAAGCACAGCUAGCAAAUUACAAAUGUUGCUUUCAAUUCAUGAGUUGGAUAAGUAUAUGCAUCUUCCUUCGACAACCAAAUAUAUGCAAGAUAAAUUGAUACUUUUGGGAAUUUGUGAUUUACCAUCAUGUCACUUAAAUUCCGAUGAAAAAUUAGAAGUGAAAUGCUGCAUCGAGACAAUGUUACGAGAAAUAAUACAUGAUACGAUACUGAAAUAUGAAGCCUUAGGAGGAAAUAUUAAGGAAACGUCAAAGAAUGACUGUAAGACACAUAACAAAUUCUUCGAAUAUUCCGAUGUGCCAGCAGUACAAUGGAAAAAUAAAAUUGAGGAUUUGAUUCUGCAAUGUGAAAAUGACUUGCUGAAAUAUAUAUACUUAAUGGACAAGUGGAACAAGCUGAAAUAUGAAGAUAUGAACCAAGCAUAUUUAGAAAAGACAGGUUAUUUAUUGCUGCAGGCACAAGUUGCAGAGUUACAAGCAAAGAUAACAAAACUUUCUUGCACAAUCAGAAUGUUCAAAGAAACUUCAACUACCGUUGAUGCUUUUAAAAUAUUACAUCAAUUAGUUGAAAAGAAAUUAAAAAUGGUUACAGAUGAAAUUCGCCAGAAGGAAGAUUUAAAGAAGCUGUACGACAAUAUGAAGGAUACAGAAUAUGAUCAGGUGUUAUUGAUCUAUUCACAGCUCUGCAAUGCAAUAAAGAAGAAAAAACAUAUCUUGGAUAUGUUGAAAUAGUUUUAUAAAUAAAUGGAAGAUUUAAUA